AUGGCCAAGAAAAAAGUGAUUGCACUUGUGUCAGCAGACUGCUCGGGCUGCGAUGAGACGCCCCUGGGUGUGGCGGCGGUUGAGGGCCAGCUGGAAGGUGUGAAGUUGCUGCUGAAGAAGAAUGCCACAGUCCUUGCUCGGGACAGCUCGCGGAAAACCCCUCUCUGCCGAGCGGCGGAGACAUGUCAACGUGACGUAGUGAAACUCUUGGCGAGUUUGGGCGACGUGAACCAGCUGAUGCCGGAACCGAAUGGCCCGUGCCUGACCCACCGUUGA